UAACCUGAUAUAGUUGUAAUUCGUUAGUCGAAAGCCGGUCAGUCAUCAGCAGAUCACAGAUCGAACAGUUACCGUCCAGUAGCAUAGCCGGUUUCAGUGCGUUAAACUUGUAUUCGGUGCAUCCAGCAAUUUGUGUUUGUUCUGUCGUUAUCAAACUUAUCAAAUCGGAAGAACAAUGGCCAGCGAAGCUGCUGCCCUUCCCGAGGUGCUAAAAAAUCUUUUCAGCCACAUCGAUGCCAACAAGGCCAAGUACAUCGCCGCUCUGGCCGAGACGGUCGCAAUCAAAUCGGUAUCGGCAUGGCCCGAUUCGAGGCCGGAAAUUUUCCGCAUGGUUAACUGGGUGGCGGACCGUUUGAAGGCGCUGGGUGCCACCGUGGAGCUGGCCGACGUUGGCAAGCAGACCUUCCCCGAUGGGCGAGUGCUGGAUCUGCCCAAAGUGAUCCUGGGAACGUUGGGCAACGACCCCGCUAAAAAGACUGUUGUCUUGUAUGGACACUUGGACGUCCAGCCAGCGAUUCGGGAGGACGGCUGGGACACGGAACCGUUCGUACUGACCGAAAAGGAUGGCAAGCUGUUCGGCCGAGGCGCCAGCGACGAUAAGGGCCCGGUGCUGGGAUGGAUCCAUGCCAUCGAAGGGUACCAAGCCAUCGGAGAACCGUUGCCAGUGAAUUUGAAGUUCGUUUUCGAAGGAAUGGAGGAAUCCGGCAGUGAAGGCCUGGAUGAGCUGCUGUUCAAACGCCAGAACGAUUUCCUGGCUAACGUGGACUUUGUUUGCAUCUCGGACAACUAUUGGCUUGGAACGAACAAACCUUGCAUCACGUACGGUUUGAGAGGCAUUUGUUAUUUCGAUGUUGAAGUCGGAUGCGCUGGAAAGGAUCUGCAUAGUGGGGUCUUUGGUGGCACGGUCUACGAAGCCAUGAACGAUUUGGUCUACUUGCUUGGAACACUUGCAGAUAAGGAAGGAAAAAUUCUUAUUCCAAAUCUCUAUAAGGAGGUUGCUCCGCUGUUGUCGAACGAACAGAAGAUAUACGAUGCAAUUGAUUUUGAUGUAGUUGAAUACCGCAAACAGUUGGGUGCAGGUCGCCUGAUGCACAAUGAAGAUAAGACCAAGAUCUUGAUGCACCGCUGGCGCCAACCGAGCCUCUCGAUUCACGGUGUUGAGGGAGCGUUUUAUGAACCCGGUCAGAAGACAGUCAUUCCAAAAAAAGUGAUCGGAAAAUUCUCGAUUCGUAUCGUGCCGGAUCAGACCCCGGAUCUGGUGGAGAAGUAUGUCACUGAGUAUCUGACUGCCAAGUGGGCCGAGCGUGGUUCACCGAACAAGUUUGCCGUACGCAUGGCUCACGGAGGCAAGCCGUGGACCGAAGAUCCCAACCAUCCUCACUACCAAGCGGCCAGCCUGGCCACCAAGCACGUGUACAAUGUCCAACCGGACAUGACCAGGGAGGGUGGAUCAAUUCCCGUGACUUUGACUCUGCAGCAGACGACUGGAAAGAAUGUUUUGUUGCUGCCGAUGGGUGCUUCGGAUGACGGAGCUCAUUCACAGAACGAGAAGAUCGACGUUCGCAACUAUAUCGAGGGGACAAAACUGCUGGGAGCCUACCUGUACGAAGUGGCCAAAAUCAAAUAAAUUAUCUGAAUCGUUGAACGAUAAGCAUCACAAUAAACAUCACAGUUAACGAGUAACAAGA